AUGUGUGCUGAGCAGGAUCACCAGUACCAGCAGUUUAAGGGACAGGAUGAGGACGAGGAGGCUGAAGGAGAUGGGGAGAAGCAGUCAGUGGAAGUUCUUCAUCAUUGGGGUGGAAAUGGAGGAGAGCUGGGUGAUGCUGAGCUGGCCUCUCUGGAAGAGCCAACUGUGGAACCCAGAGGACUCGCCUGUUGGCAUGACCACGUGCUCUGUGGCGACGCCUUUGUCGUCUGUCUGAACAUCUGGGUUCCCAGUCUCAGGGAGCUGCCAGUAGGUCAAGACUCCCUGAAAGAAGAAAGAGCUCUCCACUGCGGUUUGAAUCCACGGGGUAUUGAUCACCCUGCCCAUGGUGAAGGUAUUAAACUACAAAUUGAAGGUGAAGGUGUUGAGUCUCAAUCCAUUAAAAAUAAAACUUUCCAGAAGGUGCUUGACCAAAAAGGAACCCCCAAGCGACUGCAGACAGAAGCUGAGACAACUAAGUCGGCUACAGUGAAGCUGUCAAAACCAGUGGCCCUGUGGACCCAGCAGGAUGUCUGCAAGUGGCUGAAGAAACAUUGUCCGAAUCAGUAUCAGAUCUACAGUGAGUCAUUCAAACAGCACGACAUAACUGGGCGAGCCCUGCUGAGACUUACAGACAAAAAGCUUGAACGAAUGGGGAUCGCCCAGGAGAACCUCCGGCAGCUCAUCUUGCAACAGGUGCUCCAGCUGAAGGUGCGAGAAGAAGUCAGAAACCUACAGUUACUCACGCAAGAUAAAAACAGCCAGAAGCAAGAUGGCAUGAGAUCACAGAUAAUGCAGUCCACAGGAGUCAGCCUCCCAGAUCAGGACCAGACAGAAAAGCCCCACUUCCUAAUACGUUCACAUUAG